AUGAGAGAUGCUGGUUUCGGAGACGCUGCCCCACUAAGAGACUUCUUGUUCGACAACACGAUGAUCACAACAUUCGUAGAGCGCUGGCGACCGGAGACUCACACAUUUCACAUGCCAUGGGGUGAGUGUACGAUCACGCUGCAGGACGUUGCCUACCAUCUCGGAUUGCGCACAGAUGGUGAUCCCGUUGGUGGUUGCUUUCGAGACUUCCAGGCCCACUACCACACUAGGGCUUGGGAGAUGGUCGAGCGUUUACUCGGAGCCAAGCUACUUGUAGUUGUCCAGCAGGGAGCUCAGAGGAGAGAGGAUUUCUCGCUGAAGGUGACAUGGCUGCGCGAUCGGCUACGACAGAUGCCGCCGAAUACAUCCGAUCUGGAUACCUUGCGACAGUACGCGAGGUGCUACAUCAUGCUGAUGAUCAGGGGCUACUUAGGGACUGAUAAAUCGAACAACACCGUUCAUCUCAGGUGGCUGCCGCUGCUAGAUGAUUUUGAGAGGUGUCACAGGUUGUCAUGGGGUUCGUCUCAGAUUCCUCACCGUCAAUGUCCAUCUUAUAAACCGGGCGGAUAA